UUCAUACGUCACAAGUCGCCGUUAUUUUGAACCGAGCAGUUGUUGCGCGCGCGUGAUAAACAAAUUUAAAAAAAACUCUAAAAUUCGCUAAAAUGCACGUAUAGAGCGUGCUUGGUUUUUGGCUGGUGAUGCCCCGUUCUAUGAUUUAACAAUUACUGCCUGUGUCAGUGCAACGAAACGAAGAGAUACAAAAUAUUUAUCAAAAUACAACUAAAAAUCGAAAACUUGUAUCAAAUUUUUUGUGUGUUGAGUGUUGUUUUUGCUGCAGCAGCAGAUAGUUUUGCGCUUUUUGUGCACAAAAAAAGUGCAGUAUUCGAAACGUGGCCACAAGCGGCAGGCACAAAAACAAAGCGGCUAAAAAACGCACGCACACACACAGAAACACCUGCUGCCGUUCGCCGGCUGUUCGCCAAAAGCAACGAUAAAUAAAAGAAAAAGAAAAAGCAAACGAAAAAUAAAAGAAAAGUGUAAGCCAGAGAGAGAGAGAGAGAGAGAUUUUUUUUGUGAUUUUUUUCCCGUUCAUUUGCCGCUGGAUCCGUCGUUAGAAGACAUCGCGUCGGCGCAGCCACAGACCCAGACACAUACCCGAUCAUCGCCCACUGUGCCCCAAGCCAAGAGAUUGUCAACGGAGGAGUGGAAGUGGAUGUGAAUGAAGAAAAGCCAGUGUGAAAAGUAGAAACCAAAGUGCACACAUGUGUGUGUGAAUUGGGAAAUGUGCGUUCGCGUACGCGAUCCGCAGCUGAGGAUUAUUGAUUUCUUCGAAUUAUAGAUUGCACAAUCCAAAGACACCAAUCGGAGAUACAUCUCCCUGCCGUCCACCAUCCCCCCCUCGAAACUACUUUGGCUAAUUGAUUUUGUUUUUUUUUUUGUGCUUCUUUUGGAUACUUUUCCUCGGUGUUUUGUGUUUGUUUGUUCGUCUCCUACUGCAAUGAGGCGUUCAAAAGCUGCCAAUGACAACCCAACAAAUGAACAGCAGCAGCAGCAGCAGAAAAAACAACAGAAAGUGCGGGUUUUUUGCUAUUUUUUUUAAUUAAUUUUAAGUGUCGCCGUAUUUUUUUGUUGCCCUUCUCGACGGACGGAAGAUAGAGAAGGAAAGGGAGAGAGAGAGAGACGGAAGCUACGGAAAUCGGCAAUUUAAUUUACAAUACAACAUUAGUACCGACAUAAAAGAGGAUAAGGGCGCCGCGCGCAGGAGGACCCGAAAAAUGUUUGCUGGAAUACGAAAACGCCUGGCACGCAAGCAGAACGAAAAGGACUGCGAUGAGGAGGACAAGGACGAUGUACACGACAUUAUGCCGCCCCCCAAUUUCAUACAAAUCUCGCAGGGCAGAAUCCAAUUGGUGCAUCAGCCCCGCACCCCGGACCCCUCCGACACGGGCACGCUCUCCUUGGAGCGGAUCAAUGGCGGCGGCAGCCUCGGCUCUGGCGGCUGUGAUAAGGAUUUGUUGGAGAAGCGGAUGAUUGAAGUGGAAGGCGCUCUGCUGCGUUUGCAGAAGGAGUUCCAUAAAAGCCAAUGCGGGUCGCCAACGUUCGAGAAGGAAUUGCGCGAGCAAAUUGAGAACAUGAAUCGCAUUAUGAAAUCCAAAGAGCGCAAACAAAUGCAGACAUGUCGGGAUCACAAGGCACUGCAGACGCGCUUCGCCCGUCAGGAGAGUCUGCUGCACUCCAUGCAGCAGGAGAACCGGUCCCUGCUCACCCGCAUCCGGCAGUACGAGCACUGCUUGGACGACGUGAUGCGCAAGGUGGUGGACGCCAUUGUGGCCGAGGACAAUCUGCGCGAGGAGGUGAGCAUGCUGAAGGGCCGUGUGCGGGAUCUGGAGGCGCAGAACGCGGCGCUGUCCGCCAGUCCGGUGAAGGGGCGGGACGAGGGGUACUGCACGAUGAGCAGUGGCCAGCCGCAGCCGUCGAACGGACACCUGGAGGAUCUGCCCGAGGAGCCCGAGCAGUGGUUACUGCCGGCGGAGCCCUGCUCAACGGAAAUGGAGGACUGGAGCAUGUCGCAGGAAGAGCUGGCUGUGAUGACAUUCGACGACGAGCGGGAGCACCACCAGCAGCAUCAACGGAGGAAGCGCGACCACGACUGGCUCUGGCCCUCGAGUGACUUCAUCAACUCGACCACCGUCGAGACGGACUCCGUUGCCGACGGAAUUGCACAGCUGCUGCAGCAAAAGAUUGUCUACUCGGAGGAUGAAGAGGUGGCCUGCACGGACUUCACGAACGACUUCUACAAGCUGGUCAACAUCCGGUCCAAUUCGUCGCGCAGCCUCUACUCCUACCUCGAGGGCGAGACGGACGACGAGGACGAGGAUGACGAUGAUGAGGCAGACUCGAGCAUGUCCGAGAGCCAAGCGGCACACACGGCCCGGGCUGCCACCAGUCCCACGCCCAGCGAGGCGGGACGGGCUCAGCUGACGAGCUGCUCCUCCAGCGAAACGGACGAAAACUCGAUCAGCCACCCGCCGCCGCCGACAGAGUCGCAUCAGGAGAAGGAGGAAGAGCCUGACUACGCGGUCAUUGACGAGUGCCGGCGCCGCGUCAGUGACAUCGAGAUCGAGGACGUGCCGCUGAUCAUGAGCGCCACGCCUUUGCAGCCCCUCAAUGAGCAGCAAUGCAUAGCGCAGAUCAUCAAGAGCGAGCUGCGACGGCCGCCCCAUGUGCUGGUAAAGUCCAAGUCCGUGCUGGAGGAGCAGGAGCCCAGCUGCAUCCUGCGCCACAAUCAGCGUCGCGAGCUGGAGUCCACGGUGGUGCGCAGCGACAGCAUCAGCUGUGCCCUGAUGGCGAAAAUUGCCAAAGAGGCAGCGCCCCCGUCACCGGCGAUCGUGUCCAAACUGAAGGAGAGAAUUCUGAACCGCCAAUUUUCCGCGCCGGCAACAUCGAGCCCGUGGCGCAGGAGCAAUGGAUGGAAGCGGGUGACGUCCCCGGUGCAGAUACCAGCGGCUGCAUCCCCAAAGAAGAAGCAAGCCAAGUCAACAGAGCUGCCAAAGAGCUGCCUGCCCAAGGCGGUGCCCACCAGAAUUCCAACGAGCAUCAAUUCAUCGACGUCCUCCACCUCGUCGGUGUCGUCAUCCUCGCCCUCGCCUUCGUCUUCGUCUCCUUCGCCACAGUCGCCCCAACAACAACAAAAGCAGCACCAGCAGCAGCCAAGACCCUCAGGACAGCAGCAGCGCAAAUCGAAAAUUCCUCCGCCAGUUCCUGUGCGGCGAUCCUAUGCGAGCUAAGUGGCGGAGUGGCGUCGCCGUUAAAUCUCAAAUGAAUAAUCGUCAAGCAAACAAAUAUUCAAAGAUUAAAAAGACUAAAUUGUGAUAUAUUCAAACAAACAAACAAAAAACAAAACACAGAGGAAGAGUGUAAGAGUGUGGAGGAUAGCCAGCAGCGAGUUUUGUAUGUAAGAAUACGAGUAUUUAUGUAUUGUAUAUUGUAGAUUUUUGGAAAAUGUUUUACUUUGUAAGCGGCAGCACUGCCAACUGUUUCCCCAAUUAGAGGCCCCCCACACUAGAGAUGCCCUGCCCUGAUGGCUCGCCCUGCUCUAUGUCCUGUAUUUUGUAGAGCAUCGUGGCUGCAGCCUCCGAAUCGGGCUAUAAGUUGUACUAACUAUUAUACAUACUGCAUAUGGCAUUCAGUACGAUGAGUGUAGGAUCUUUGUCGCUGGCAAAGAGCCAUUCAAACUACUACCAUACUAUUAGAUGAACUAAAACCGUAGUCUUCCGCACAAAUCGAGUGUAUUCGCAGUAGGCAUUUGUAGACCUGGUUAUCAACAUUAACGACUAAGAGUUACACACACACACUCACACUACCAACAGUUGGACAUUUGCAUUUAAGGGUGAAAUUGAAGUAUAUAUGAAAUUGCAGUAUAAAAUGCAUUUAGGUACGAUAUAUACAUACUUAUACUAUCUAUAUACACGCGUAUGGUUUCUAAGCGAACAUAAAACGACAGCAGUAACAAUAACCUGUACAUAACAGACCCCAAAAGUCGAUUCAAAUCCCUCUUCUAUAUGUAAAGUAGUUAGCGUAGCACUGCUCUGCUCCUCAGGCUGCUGCCACCGACUAAAUAAUAAUCGCAGCAGCCCGCAUCCUAAGUAUAAAUACGUAUCGUAUAGAUAUAUACACAUACAAUAUAGAGAACAGAACGCACUACAUAUACUAUGCUCGGCAGAGAUCAGAGAAGGUAUCACUUUAAGCUCGUAUAAACAUUAUAAAUGUAUUUUCUUAGCGUA